CGUAAUUAAACGACAGCGAACGUUGCGAAAAUCCGGGCCACCGAACGUCCUUCGCGCGUUCCACAUGUAAUCGAAGAUUAGAGUUCGUCGAGAUUGUUUUCGUGGCGACGAGCCGGUGAAAGCCAUUCGGAAGGAGAAUAGCGUUAACGGACGCGUUUGCUGUACAAGCAAGAUCGAUCGGAGAAUCGAAUCGUGGCGAAGCUCGUGCGCGCAUGUCGCUCGAUCCGUGGAGACUACCGAUCGUUCCAUCUCGAGCGUGUGCGCGAUCAGAAAACCUCGUUCGACCGUAUUCGUAAACCGAUUCGAUUCGAUCGACGAAGGAAACCGCUUUAAGGCCAUCUGGAAUCGAUCUGUCGGUGAGCCACGAGGAUCAGUCUUCGAGUUUGUACGGCUACACGCGGGAGUACGUUGAAAAUCGUUCGGUGUCGUUGCUUGACGAAACCGGUUUCGUUCGGCUCGGCGAAUCUCGGCGUUUAUACAAAGAUAUCGACGAUAAGUUGACAAUUGAACGCGGAUCGAAGCGUUUCUUUGUGGUUGGACGGCAGUUAACGAUGCGGCGAUUAGUCGGAUCGACGUUCGGCAAGCAGAUCCUGUGAACUCGAGAUUUCGAAAUCUCGAGACGGACUAGUGGGGAUCGACGAGAAACCAGCUUGCGAACGAAUUUCUAUCAGCCGUACCGAAAGAAGUGGUUCGCGACAGCGUGUUGGCGUUGGUGACAUGCGAGCGAGCUUGCAACGCGACUCAACGAUCGAACAGUUGACGGUUUUAGCGCGCGACGGUUUACUGGCAUCGAUAGUGGUCGCGGCGCGCGAGAUCGCACCGUAACCGACGCGCGAUCCCAGGACCAUACGAGAGACGAUGACGGUCGAUUCGCGCGGACUGUCGGAGGCUCAGGACUCGCCGGAAACCAGGAACACGAGCGUCGUCGUGAAAGCCGACUUCAACAAAACCUAGUCGUCGCUGGAAGUUUUGAUGAUCGUGAGCAUCGGCUCGAGCGAUGAAGCGGGCGACGAGCUCAUCCGCCGCAGCUGCGACCGCUGCUUCGCAGGUGCAGCAGCCCGCGGUCAACUUACAUGCCAGGACACACGAUCUCUUUAGCCCGAUAACGGCGGUGGGUGACUGCGCGAACAGGGAAGAACACGAGAAGAUUGCCGAGACAAAAUCCAGGACAGACACGACGAAAGUAUCGUCGGCCAAGGGUAGCACGACCGAUGACACUAAGGCCAAGUCCACGGCCAUGUCGCGGCUGUUAGCUGUCGACGCUGACAAUUACAUGCUUCGUCAAAGCGCUGGGACGACAAACACCGUCGCAACAGUGGCCACGACGUCCUCUUCGUCUACGACGAUCGUGGCGCACGCUACCGCCGCGGCUGCUACCCUCAUCGCCUCCAAUCACCAAUCAUCGCACCGCGAUUCCAGACAACCGUUGCAGUCGGUGCGCACCAUUCGCACCGCUGUCACCACCAAUGUUAUCUACAACGAUUUCCAAAUGACCCCUUCGACGAGCCGCGGCAGCUCCUCUGCCAGCGAGUAUCCCAGCGAGAAUUCAGCCUCGGAAUCGAAAAAAUUCAGGAAAAGUUUGCCGUUAUCUUCGCUCAGACAACACUCCGCUAGCCAAUUCACCUACCCCGCUAAUUCCGCUUUCGUUAAUACCUCCGCCGGUAUCACCCCUUCGUCCCUAACGAUAUCCACGAGUUACGAAUACAGUAACACACUCGUCAGGUAUUAUGGCAUAUCACCGCUUAACGUUAACCCGCCAGGAUCGAGCGAAACGUCGCCGGAAACGAGCCUCACGUCGUCAGGAUCGGAUUGCACGUCGUCCAGUACGAGCGAAUCCUCGUCGAACUCGGAAUCGCGAAAGCCCCUAAAGACCGCCCAAGAGGUGGCUCGAGAAUUCGAGGAGGCUUGGGCAGGAUUUAUUUCGUGCGCGAGACUUUUGUCCUAUCAUCGGUACAUGUGUUUUUGCGAUAACGAUGUACCUUACACGAUCAACGUCGACGCGCCGUCAACGUCGGCGUCGGCGUCGGCGUCGGUGUACGGUGUUCGCGGCAGAGUGACAGAAGGCGGCGUCGAUUCGAAAUUAAUCGGUCACGAGGACUCGGGUGCCGGUUACCUGCAGCUCGUCCUUUACAAGGGCAACCGAGACGGCGCCGAGUCGCCCGGCCUCGACAGUACACACACUAAGCUCGACCAUAAUCCGUCCUGCUGUUGCAUGUGCGGUUCUGUAUGUCCCGUAGAGUGCCAUGCGUGCUUCCACGUGGUCUGCUCGGAGUACAGCGGGCAACACCUUUGCCAAUGGAGUAGCAAGGGUCACGCGCUACCGAGCCAGGUUCUCGACAAGGACAAGCCCGUGAACGAGUGGUCAUCCCAAAACGUCGUCGAAUGGAUGGCUGCGUUAAAUCUGUACCGGUAUGUGGACGUUUUCAAGUCGAAGGACAUUAAGGGCAGCGACCUUCCCUACCUGGACCGGGAUAAGCUCUUGAACAUGGGCAUCAAGGAUGAGUUCCAUCAGAAAAAUAUUCUGGCCUGCAUCGAGGAGCUCUGUAAUACUUCAACAACGCUCGCGUUACCGGUCAAUGCGAGCACCGCGGUCACACCGACCUCGUCCUCAGUGGCCACCGACUCCAUGGGUGGCGUCGUCGCGACCACCGGCAUCCCGCACACCCUUGUGCCGCAGAGCUUCAGCGUGCUGGAGAAGUGCGACAAGUGCCAUAAAUAUCUCAGAGGUCUGCUGCACCAAGGCUUUCUUUGUCUAGAUUGCGGACUGGUGGCGCACAGAACGUGUUCAGCGACGGGUUUACCCUCCGAUUGCCUGCCACCUGGCUCGGAUAAUCGGGUCCACAGAUUUUCAUCGGUAUUCGGUCUUGGCUUGUGCUCGCAAUUCGAUGUAUCUACGCGAGCGGCUCCAAUUUUAGUGGAAAGGUGCACCCGCGCUUUGGAGGAGAAGGCGUACGCCGACAACACGGUGGAUCUGUACAAAGUUUACCACAACAGUCCUCCUACCGAACAGACGCUCGAAUUACGACAAAAGUUGAACGAAGAUGUGUGCACGGCUGAUUUAAAUUUGUAUACUCCUCACUGUAUCGCGAGCGUCCUGAAGAAGUUUCUACGGGAAUUGCCCGAUCCUGUGAUUCCUGUACAGUUCUACGAAAGGUUUAUAGAAGCUUCGAAUAUUAAAAACGACGAACAGUGCGCGGCACGUUUAGAACAACUGGUCGCGGAACUUCCGGAACAUCAUCGUAGUACCCUGUUCCACUUGAUGGCCCAUUUUUGUCGGAUGUGCCAAUUACAGCACGCGAGAGGUUACACGGAACCUCCCAUCAUCCUUACUCAAGUCUUGUGUCACAUCUUCUUGAGGCCACCUUGGGAACGAAUUGUCCAAAUCGUCCACAACAUCGAAGCACACAUACGGAUAAUGGAGGUGUUGUUGCUCUACGGUGACUGGAACGAAAGACUGCCACAAUUCGCGAGUCCACCGCAGCUGCCGCCGCGAAAAGUUUCGAGGCCACAGUUUCCAGUUUUAGAUCCGUUCUCCGUUCUGGAGGAGGACAUCGCGGCGACUGGUACGGCGUCUGGCGUGGACAACAAGGAUCAACAACAACAACAACAACAACCGCAUAGGCCACGCACGCUCCAGGAGGCAGAAUGGUACUGGGGAGACAUCACGCGGGACGAAGUGAACGAAAAGAUGAUCGAUUCACCAGACGGCACUUUUUUGGUUCGCGACGCAUCCUCUAAGGGCGGCGAGUAUACAUUAACGUUGCGCAAAGGCGGGACCAACAAGCUUAUCAAGAUUUGUCAACGGAACGGUAAAUAUGGCUUCUCGGAGCCGUAUAACUUUCAUUCGGUCAUCGAGCUAGUGGACCACUAUAGAAAUUGUUCGCUGGCACAGUACAAUUCGACGCUGGAUAUUAAGCUGUUGUACCCCGUGUCCCGAUUCCAACAAGACGAUGAAAUUGCAAGUACAACCGACAUGGCGAACGUUGCCCAAAAAUACGUUGAACUCGACAAGGAUAUUACUCACGCGUUCUCAGAGUACAAAGAAUUUUCGGAAUUGUAUAACAGAACUGCCUUCGAGGUACAACUGAAACGGCAAGCGUUGGAAGCUUUCGCGGAAGCUAUCAAGAUGUUCGACGAGCAAAUGAAGUUGCAAGAGAAGUUUCAGAAAGAAGCACAACCCCAUGAAAUUUCAACUUUAACCGACAACGCUGAUUUGUUGAAACGAAGACUGAAAUCCUUAGAAGAUAGCAAGGAUCAGCUGGAUCGUAGCUUGAAGGAACAGAUUGCGUACAACAGAACGCUCGAAAGAGAAAUGCACAAGUUGAAGCCGGAUCUGUUGCAGCUCGUACGUCAAAAGGACAAGCAUUUAACGUGGUUGAAAAAGAACGGGAUGAAACAAAACAAAAUAAACCAGCUCAUGUUGAACCAUUCGCUCUCGAAUCCUGUGCUGGGAGAUUUGGGUUACGGAGACCUUCAAGAGGUCGAUCUCGAAGUUCAUUCCGAUGAGAAGACGUGGCUUUCCCUAGAGUGCUCCCGUUCCGAUGCUGACCGUAUAUUGGCUGAUCGGCCGGACGGUACCUUCCUCGUUAGGACAUCCAGAACCGGACAGUACGCGUUGUCGAUUAUGUGUAAGGGUACAGUGAAUCAUUGCAUAAUAUACGGUACCGAGCGUGGUUUCGGAUUCGCUGAGCCGUACAACAUCCAUAAAAGUUUGAAACAUUUGGUGCUACAGUAUGCUCAGCAUUCUCUCGAAGAACAUAACGAGAGUCUAAACACCACUCUGGCUUACCCAGCUUUUGCUUCACCUACGGCACUAGCACAGUUACAGGCCCAACAAAUGCAACUGCAGAUGCAAAUACAUACGCAAAACCAACUGCAGCUCCCGCGUCCUCAUGAAAACCAACACUAUCCGCCGUACACGUAAUGCUCGUGUGUGGGUCGACCAGUGUGGCCAAGCUCGUGAUAUACUAUUACUUUAUGCGCGUAUGCGCAGAUCUUUUUGGUUGAUACCAAGCAUUCGAUUUACAUCGAGAAACUAUACGAUUACGAUAACGACGGAUGACUACCAGAAGAUUAGUAAAUUUCUCUUGGUAUCGGUCGUCGCGACAGUGAUAUUUCCACAGAAUAAACUAACGCGCGGCGAUCGAUCGUUCCAUUUUUAUGAGAGAAACAAAUAAUACUUCCUUAACGAAGUACAGUUGUACUGAUUGAAGGAGAACAUAGGUAGCGGUAGUAAUUUUCAGAAUCUAUAAUAAUAGGAUUAUUCCGUACGUACGUUAUCGCGGCAUGGUAAAAUUGCUUCGAUCGACAGGACCAACUACACGCAUCGCGUAGGUUUACAUACUAAUUAGUCUCUCAGGGUCUACAGGCCUUCCGACGGGUCUUGUCGACGAUUGAAACAACUUUGGCACGUAUGCAACCACAAGACAAAAACAAAUGACAGAGACAGUUUUUUUUUUAUCGAUUCGCUGUCAGUUUACUCUCCAGAGGAGAAUUGUUUGGAUAUCGGAUAAUGCUACGGUACAUUAUCCGACUUACAUACAUAACACACGAUCGAAUACGUCAGAAUAACAGACAUGUUUGGGUCAAGUGUUAAUUAGUCUUACGAGUAAUUUUACAAACGAAAAUUAUAAGAAGAAGAUAUAAAUUGGGUUUUCCUGAAAUUACUUGCACUUUCAAUUGGUAACAGGGUAGUUAGAAAUCGAGCAAAAAAUGAAUACCAACGUUAACGUUCGAGACGAUGGUUGAACAUCCGUUCGCGAGUAGAAGAAGCGGACAAAUGGAAUAACGGAACAAACACUCGAAGAUGGCUGUACUUCUGACUUGUUCGACAUGUUUUUUGUGAAUGUGUCACAGACCUCCGUUUUGUACGCACGGGCAUCGUUUACGUCGCAAACGUGAUCGACAAAGAUCUUCGGACAGUGAUAUUAGAAUAUAAUUAGAUACUUCGCAAGACGAGCCUCUCGAAUGCUUACGACAUGUUUUUCUAGCGAUUUACAAUGAUUCUCUACGUAGCGUUUGCACCGGUCAGGGACACACUAGAGAAUAAAGGGGCUCGACAUCGAUUUUUCAACUCUGGUUCCAUUCGAUCGUACGUUCAAAGGUGCCCGUUACAUUUCGAAGUUCGGAACAACAAAGCUACAAUACGGAGGUGCGCGGUCGAGCUUUUUUAUACGUUAGAUUUCAAGGUGCUGUGCCACAGUUACGCGCAGUUGUCUGCGCAAUGAGUGCACACUCGAAGAUCAUUUUUCGAGAAACAAACAUAUUUGUCUGUGAUUUCGGAUUGCCGACGCGGGAGAUAUAUCGUGUUUAUCGUUUCCAAUCGUUCUUAUAUGAUGUUCGCGUUAUUCUUAACUAUUUUCAUUAGCGUUUACAAAGUUUGUACGAGUAUCUUUCUCGACUGUACGUGGAAAUGCCGUUCGUGAUUUUAUCAUUCAUAUUUUCUUACGUUAAAAUCGAUCGCAGUACUUUCGUUUUAUACGCCGCGUCAGAAUCUUAACGUUUGUCGCUUUCUUCUAUUUCUUUGAAUCGUGAUUUUAAACUCGAGAUUUUGAUAGGCGAUACUGUGACACACGCGUGACUUUAUCGAUUUCCUUUACAGGUUAUCCCAUAAUACGUGGUGUAGAGACUCGCACGAAUAUCGUUCCGGAUUUGCAACGCGUUUGUAUGCGACGUGUACGAGUAAUAAUUUAUAAAUUGAAAUAUUAUUUCCAUAGAGCCGACGCAUACUUUGCCUACAAACGCGACACGAAUGCGUAACGAGAUCUACCGAGCUUUACCUUUUUUUCGCUGGGGACAUCGAUAAAAUCCGCGCGUGAUCCGAGUGAUAACGUUUUGCAUACGGCUGUACAGUUUUCGUCGACCUUGUGGAGGAUCGAUCUUUCUUGCUUAAAAGAUCAAAACUCGCACUGUACUCGAAUGAUCUCAAAGGUGUGCCAGUGAUCGUUUAGUUGCGACUAGAACAAAAAGAAUCUCGGACGACGGUGCUCGAAAAGUUUUGUACGAGUAGAAUUAUUCUGUGAAAAUGAAAGGGGAUCGGUGCUCGAGAAAUUUUGCGUAUUACAUUGCGGUCCGUAAUCGCAAAAGUGUAUCGAGAACGAUCCACGGCGCGAACAAGACGAUUUUGGUGGAAACACAGAGAUUCUUUUGGUUGUCGGCGUUUCUUGCGAUUCAUGUUAUCACCGUAGUCAGUAAAACGAAUCCAAAUCGUUUGGAUGGACGCGUGAGAAUAAAUUUUGAGCUUGAAAGUAUCUGUACAGCGCAUGUUAUCUUUAUCAUUUCGUUUUUUUCUCUCGAUCGUACGGUAUAGAAUGACGGAGAAACGAUGCAAAUAAAUGCACGCAGAAAAAGGAAAGAGAAAUUUGAUGCACGGAGAAAAAGGCUCGUUGCUCAUCUUCAAGGCUUCGAAUUACAUAGAUUUAGGUAGAGUAGGUUUUUUUAUACGAAAGAAAUAUUAAGUGCCCUGGCGCCAAUUGGCUUCUAUAUAUUUCGUGAUCGUCCGAUCGCGUGCCGGUCAAGUAUUCGAUCGUUGUUGAGUUAUGUCGCGGGAUCGGCCGUCUUUUCGAAGACGUCUUUGAAAAGACGAUGACGACUUGACGCGAAUAAUUUCGAGACGGGCGAUUCGACGACGAGAGCGCGACUUGGAUGCGUUGCGUACAACCGCAACGACGACGGCGAGUUCGGGGCUCGAACGAAAAACUUGCUGGGAAGCCGGAUGUUUCGGAAUUAUCGGAUAACGCGGGCUGACGAGUCGAGAUAAUCCUCGACGAGACUAAACAUUUCUUUCUAAGACAAAUAAUAAACGCGUAACAAGACCACCGUCGCUCAGUUUGGUUGACGAGAACCUUCACUGUUGCCUUCGAGUCUCUCGUGUGGCUCGAUCUCGUCGUCGUCGGAAGCGGGAACUACACGACAUAAAAACACACACACACAUACACACACACACACAAAAGCGACGUAAAGACACGAUAUACAUGUACACGUGCAAUAUACAAUUGAACACGACACGACGCGACGUUAGGAGUAACAAAACAAUACAUUCGAUGGUGAGAAUAUAUGAUAAUGGGAGUAGAAGAAAAAGAGAAAAAGAAGAAACUGAAAAAAAUAUAUAUAUAUAUAAAAACAUGUAUGUCUGUAUGAAUGUAUGCAUGUAUGUAUGUGUGAACGUAUGUAUGUGUAUAUAUAUACAUAUACUUGUAUACAUGGUAUAUGUGGUACAUGGUAUAUAUAUACAUACAUCUGUAUAUUUACUUUAAAAGUAAACGUAUACGUAGCACGAUUUAUAUUACCAAUCCGUACAAUGGAAGGAAACCUGUAGUUGAUUAUUUACGAACAAUCAAUUCAAAGUUCGCUUUCGUGAUAUACAUCGGUAAUAAUAUAAAUCGUGGUACGUAUCGUUCAGAGGAGCGAAUUUCGCCGAUCGCGUUCCCCAGACGAAAAGGUCAUCUAUGAAGCACGACCGGCGAGGUUCGCGCGUCCGCGAUUGUUACAGUCAACGAAAUUUUGCGAAAUCGCAUUCGCUUAUAGAUCGACCGUAGAUCUUUUCUAACGAGCCCGUCGCAAGCGUGGACGUUGGCUCGUGCAACGAUAAACGCGACCGAACGCGUUUGUUUUUGUGUCCGAAAACGAAAUUCGGUUUGGCAUCGUUCGAUAGGACGUGAUCGUGCGCGAAAAUUGCGCGACAUCUGCGACAAUAGCAGAACUGUUUUAAAUUUACUGCGGUCAUUUUCGAAAAUUGUUGCCGACUCUGAGUUUCAACAGGCGCUACUUUCGGCGUGCGCGAACGCUCGCGUCCGCUGACCAGAUAACAGUCGGUUAUAAUAUCUAAGAUUUCAGAGUCGGAAAGGUGGUCGAGAGGUGGAGAACAGAGUAGAGCGAUAUUCGGGGCAAAUCAUGUUCAACGAAUCCAACACGGUUCUGGUUAGAAUAUGGCGAUAAAUAAUCAGAAUAAAAUUACAACUAUGGGUAAACCUCCAUAGCCGCGUUAGGAAUGACGCCAUAUUUUUUUAAAGUUAAUGUACAUUUCUUAAGAGCUUGUUCUUGUUCUUUGCAUACCCGAGUUGUAUACAAAGUACCGUUUCAAUUAAUAUCUAUAUCGGUAGCCUGCGCGUCAGUUGUUAUUUCGAUACGUUAAAUUGAUUAUCGCUCCAACCAGUACAUACUUUAUUUUAGAUAUAUUUUUAUAUUGAUUUAUUAUUCCAUAGAUAGUAUUUAUUGAGAUAUUUCAUAGGUAGUAGGAAGUACGCGUUAAUUUUAGGAAUUUCUUACCUCGAACCAUUGGAAUUCUAAAGAAAUCUCAGAUUUCUAGUCUAAAUUUGCAGAACGAAACAAACAACAUACGAUUGAAUCGGCUCCAAGUGCAAAACUGAUACAACGUUCAAUGUUGGAAUGUAUCAAGAACGAAAAGAGGACACUCCAAGAGAUUACGCAUUGGCUUGUAAAAAAUACGGAUCGUCAUCCUUUACGCAAAUUGCUUCGAAAACGAUUGGAAAGUUGUUGGUUUGGAUUCACUUGAAUCCCGAACCAUACGGUCGAACGACCGCCACGAUCCGGGUCGAUGUCAAUGAACACAGUUUCGACGACGAUCGACCAUACUUUGCGAGAUCUCUCGUGGGACUUUUUACGGUUUUUGAAAGAGGACGCUACAGUCCUCGGUUGAGAUUUUAUGGCAUAAUAAAAGAAUCGUGCAACGGUCUUGCUCGAUAAGAAACUUUUCGCAUCACGGUGUAUAUAUCGGAGCUCUAACGUAGAGCUCUUUUGUACAAAAGACGGGAGGUGCGAUAGACAUUUGGAAAUAAUGGGUUAGUUAACUUCUCGGCCGGGCCGGUUCAACGGAACAUUUUUUAGCAAACACUCUGUUCGCGUCGACGAUCGUUACCGUGUGUGAUCAUUUUCGUUGUGUUCGCGUAACUGCCGAGGAUUUUCGGAAAAUUAAGAGUCGAACGAUUCGAUGGCAUUCAGGUUUCUUUGGCGACUCGAUGGGUGCUCGGGUGGACGUUAACGACCCGAACGAGUAGGGUCGAACGAGAAGGGCACUUUUCGACUAGACGAUGGCAGACGGUCAAGCACAGAUCUCGGUUUCAGACGACCUAUAAUUUAUUUUAAGCUUUAGAACUUCCAAAACUUUUAAAUUGCUAAUAAAGGAACAGUUUUAGAAAGGGUAUUAAUAAAAUUCACUGGGUUAUAUUUUUCGAACGCUGUCAACACCAUGGUAGCGACACUUUGACGGAUAGUCUCAAUGACUUUCUUGCGAAUCUCGUUUAUAAAAAGGAUCUAUUUCGAUUUCUGCUCAUGAAUUUACAAUUUUUUUCGCGCUUGUCCUGGGUUUCCGUUAUAGAUAUCGUCGGCGGAUGCCGUGCUGCGAAAUAAAACAACGAUGAGUCGAAUAGAAGAAGAAAAAUAAUGAAUGACUUGUCCGAACCGGAUUUGUGCCGCCGUUAUUUUUCUGUCGUUAUUAGUUUGUGUCGUGGUCGCGGUCGCCGGUACAGAUGUAUUUAUCGAUUCUAAAUUUUUACAGGAUUAAUAUUAAAUAAAAAUAACAUACAACAUUUUCACGGUUUCGAAACGAUUGGUCGAUCGCACGCGGAAAUGUCUUAAAAUCGUGUCGAACCGGCCGACGGAUUCGUCUACGUCCAUUUGGAUCCUUGCCAGUCUUUGUUUUUCGUAUUUGGAUCGAAUGAGAUUGCGAAUGUAUAUCGGUGGGCAUCGGGACGCCUGUAUGCGAGCGAGAAGCAUGCGAGUGUGCGAUUUGCUGCAAGCUGCGAGGCGAUGUAAUCGUGGAUCGUUAAUUAAGGUUCGAUGGAUGGAUCGUAUUGGCGACACGGAAGGAUGAAAUAGGAGGAGAGAUCGAGAAAAUCUCGAAUGCAUAAGGAUGGGACAAGGUAUAGGGUUGCGCGUGCUAAAGAAAAAGGCAGGAGUUAUCGAUACACAAUACUACGUUACUGACGAAUGUAUGCUGUCCCACUGUGAUAAAACUUUUGUUUGUGCAUGUAAAAUAUACUAUUAUUGUCAUAAGUAUGAGAUAAAGAAGAAAAAAAGAAUCAUAUAUUAUGGUGCAUAUAUAUAGAUGUAUGCGCCAAGGCAUGCGCGAUCUUAGAACGAUCUAUGUAUGUACCUAUAUAUCUAUAUAUGUGCAGGUACACAUCACACACAUACGCGCGUACCUGCGUGCGCUUUGUCGAACACACGCGCAUGCAAGCGCGCGCGCGUACACGAGAUACCUAAAUUGUGAUUGAGCGGGCACGCAGUAAAAGUGCACGCCACUACAAAGAAUAGAAAUUUUUAAUUAUCGAGCCGACCUGUCUUCAUGCGCUUGCGAUGAGCGUGCGUGACAUCAUUCGACGCUCGACGAAUCUGUGCAGUACGAACGUGCAAGUAGCCGAUUUUGUUCGCCAAAAGCGGCGUUUCCAAUUUCAGAAAUUGUAAGGCUUUUAAGGCAUAUAACCGUAUGUUCGAAUGUUUAUUGUGUGAUAAUCGAUCCGAUCGACGAGAGACAAUUAGAUAUCGCGUUUUGAAAGUGUGCGUGAUUUUCACAGCGUGAGGCUAAUCGAGAGAGCAAGCGUUUGAUAUUCGAGGACAUUUGACUCGCGUUUAGAUUUACUUUACAUUAGAGUGCAAAAUUCUUUUUUAAUCGGGUAACGUGGAAUUUCGACGAAUUUUUGGGCGUCCCUCAGGCGCAUGAAAACCGGCGGUGGCAAUGAAUGUUUACUCGCUUUUUCGCGCAACGGUCAUCCUCAUAUUGUACCGUUUAUUUGGUAGUUCUACCAUGUAAAACCAUUUAUAUUUGCAUAUGAUUAAUAUGUUUUACUUAUAACA